UUGACUAAGGCCAUAAGAAAUCUGGAUCAGAAGAUCAUAGUAUGCAAAUGGGAGAAUGGAUGGCAUUUCAUGAGACAGAGAACUGACAAGUCUUUUCCCAACCAUUAUAAAACUGCGAUGGCUGUCUGGGAGUCCAUCAGAAAUCCCGUCAGCAAAGAACAAUUGUUGCAAAUUAUCAAC